AUGUCUUUCAAGCUUUCAGAGGGCGACAUUGAAGCGGCCGUCGUAAAAGUCUCAGAGCAAACGAUUAAGGAUAUCAAGGAGGCUCAAGCCAACGGGUACAUCUGGGUUAGAAGAAUAUUCCUAUUAGUUCAGUUGGGGCGUAGGUUUUUGCCCUCAUCAUUUCAUACUCAAGAAAAUCCCGGAGGGCGUUAUCCCCUUCAUGCAUUAGCUCACAUGACAAUCCUGAUAGCAAAGGUUGCCGGAGUUAAUCAUGUAACUAUGUGUACACCUCCUAUAAAUGGGAAGAUCCCUAAUGCCACCACGGCUACAACGCAUCUAGUGGGUGCUAAUGAGAUAUUUAUUCUAGGGGGCGCUCAAGCAAUCGCUGGGAUGGCAGUGGGCACUGAGUCGAUUCGCAAAACAACUCUUGAAGAAAUUGGCGUUGAUCUCUUUGCGGGCCCUACAGAAGUCCCUGCUACCCACCUCCUUUCACAAGCUGAACAUGGUCCCGAUUCUCCCGCAGUGCUCAUCACGACGUCUGAAGAUUCUGCAAAGCAGGUGAUGACAUUAAUUGAUAGAUUUCUAGAGACGCUUUCUACUGCUGCAAUAGCAAGCACAGCAUGGCGGUCGUUUAGAGAAGUCGUGAUUGUGGAUAGUAUCGAUGAGGCAUAUGCCCUUGGUGACGAAUAUGCUUUCGACCAUGUCCAGAUCCUCACUUAACAACCACGAGAAGCACUUGAGAAAAUGAGAUAGUACGCCGCCAUUUUCCUGGGAGAAAAGACCUGCGUUUCAUAUGGAGACAAGGUGAUUGGAACAAGCCAAUGUUCUCCCGACUCGAAAGGCAGCGCGAUAUACCGCAGGUCUUUGAGUCUGCAAAUUUCUUUGGACGGUCACAUAUCAAGAAGUUAAAUCUGAGACAGCCAGCGGAGAGCUUGGUCGACUAUGCAGUAUGGCUGCUAGAGCGGAGAAUUUCGAAGCACAUGCUCGCUCGGGAGAUCUUCGAGCAAGUCAGUAUCUGAAAAAUC